AUGGAGAUGAUGAUGAUGAUGAAAAUGGACAAAAUCUCAGAGCUCUGCGGAGCCUACAACGGCGUCUCAGACCUUCCCCCAUCUGAUCACACUUUCUCUACCAUCACCACCACAACAACAAGUCCCAAUAGCAUCACUUCUAACACCUCCAUGCCCCAUUACACCGAUCAACAAAACCCACAAAACAUCCCCUCACCAAAUUCCCAGUCCUUUCUAAACCUCCCAACGAUCCCAUCAACCAUCUCCUUCUCCAACUCCACAAACCUAACUGACCAAACAUCCAAUUCCUCAAAUGGGUUCCUACAAUCUUCCCAAAAACGCACCUCCAUGGCAGCCAUGAGAGAAAUGAUAUUCAGAAUUGCAGCCAUGCAGCCAAUCCACAUCGACCCAGAAUCCGUGAAGCCACCAAAGAGAAGAAACGUCAAGAUUUCUAAGGACCCUCAGAGCGUGGCGGCUCGCCACAGGAGGGAGAGGAUCAGCGAGAGGAUCAGAAUUCUGCAGAGACUUGUGCCUGGCGGGACGAAAAUGGACACGGCCUCCAUGUUAGACGAGGCCAUUCACUAUGUCAAAUUCUUGAAGUCUCAGGUUCAAACGCUGGAGAGAGCUGCGGCUGAUAGGCCUACUGGGAUUGGGUUCCCUGUGGCCAUGUCUAGCGGGAGCUAUGGCCUCCAUUCAGUGGCUAAAGCUUACCAGGCUUCUUGCCAUGAGAAUGUGCAGCAUUUUGGAGAUGUUUGA